UAGGACCACUACUCCGGAAGUUUGUCCUGCAAGCGGAAACGCCUGUGUUUACAAUAUUCUCAGCUAUAUUCUAUAUGCAAUAUUCUAAAAAUAAUGGCGUGUAGAACACCAAUUAAAUGUAGAGUGUAGAUUUUCAGUUUGCGCUACAAAAUGUCUCUCUUCAAGGGGCACAUUGAUAAAUUGACUCGGGUUUACGAGCGUUAUACAGAGUAUGUUAGAAGGAACCCAACUGCAACGGCACAGGUGGAGAGCACAGUUCGGACUAUUUCUUACCUAAUCGCAGGAAGAUUUGCAGAUUCCCAUGAACUAUCUGAACUUGUGUAUUCUGCUUCCAAUCUCCUGGUGCUUUUCAAUGACAGCAUUCUGCGCAGAGGCCUGAAAUGUGCCUUAACUGUGUCCAUCUCACAACAGAGAAUACUCACCUGGCUUUCUGUGUUGGAGUAUGUGGAGGUGUUCCUGGAGAUGGGUGCCCAAAAGGUGUGCGGUGAAGUUGGCUGCUGGCUCGUCAUCGGACUCAUUCAAAUUUUUAAGGCAGUUUUUCGCCUUGUGCUUCUUUUGCGGUACAAAUCGGGCAUCCAGACUUCACCGCCGAUUAUCCCCCUUGACAGAGGUGCAGAGCUAGGUGACAAAGAUGAUGGAAGUGUGGAGCAGCAAGACAACAGCUGCUUUGUGGGCCAGAGGACAGGCCGUGUCAUCAGAUCACUGGGCAGCGCUCCCUCCGCACAGCCUCUGCAGUGGGGAGCAGCAGCCAGUGAGAAAAAGAGAAGUCGCAACUUGAAGGAAGAGAAGCUCCACAGCAAACCAACACCCUUGAGGCUACAGGAGACCGUCGCUGAAACUGUGUACAUCAGUCGACCUCUUGUGCACUUGCUCAGCCUUGGACUGUGUGGAAAGCAGUCCUGGAAGCCAUGGCUUGUCUCUGCAGGUCUGGAGCUUUCCAGCUUUGCAGUUCUCCGUGGGAGAAUUUUUGAUAACAGAUGGGAGAGGGAAGAGAUGAGGAGAAGAACCUUUCUUUUACUCUACUACCUUGUCCGUUCCCCAUUUUAUGACCGAUAUUCAGAAGAAAAGAUUCUUUUCUUGCUGGGACUUCUGGCCAAGCAUGUUCCAGGAAUAGGCCUCAUAGCACGGCCACUCAUGGAUUAUUUGCCCAGCUGGCAGAAGAUCUACUUCUACAAUUGGGGCUGAAACAGAAAAACUGAUUGUAGUUGGAAGGAGCCAUAAAUCUGGGCUGUACAGUAGUAGUUGCCACAGCCCCGUAGGGAGAAGUCCAUCUAAAAUAAACAUUUUGUAACAUGUCAGUUUCUCGUCUAGCUACUUGUCAUGUGAUAUUUGCAGUCAAGCAUAGAAGGCACUUGAGUGAGAAACACUUGAAAAACCAAAAGAAAUCUCCCUUUGUUAAAAUUUUACAAUCACAAACUGAUUUGAUGCAGGGGAGAUGUGUUGUAUGGCGGCGGUUGAUGUAACCAGAAGGUGCAUAUCAGUUUCAAAAGUGGAUUUGGAGCUGGUAUACUGUCAAAAACUGCCUAUUUCCUAAUUCUUUAGUUCAUACCUUGUGAAGCAAUCUAAUGACCUCAUUGUACCAGUCUGUUCACUAGCUCUGAAAGUACACCCAUUUGAAACAUUUCUCGCGAUCAGUUACUAAGACGUUUUGUGAAUAAAGUUUUAUGAUCCAAGAUUCUUUGCAGCUCAACAAAUAACAAAAAAAAAGAGGAUAUCAGACUUUUAAUGAUCAGACAGAAAUGUACAAGUCCAAGCUCAUAGAUUCUGGAGAUAGGCGGCAUUCAGUGCUUUGUGAAAAUGACAAACACUUUGCCUGAACACUGAACAUUGUUGAAUUCAAUGUGAUGCUAAAAAUAUACCGUUGCACCUUUUAUUUAGUAUCACAAUGACAAAAUAAGACAAAACAUAGAUGUAUUUGAUAAUAUUAAUCAGAAACCAAAGAAAAUAUAGAAUUAACUGACAAAUAUUGAAAAUCUAAGACUCAAAAAUGUUCAACUGUAGAUACAACUCUUGCUUCAGAUACACUACAACCACACAUGGUUUUCUUUAUGGAAAUAUUAACUCAAAUGUUGAGAGAGCAAAUUACUGACUCACUCCAACAACAGUCUCUCAACAGGUAGGGAGUGAGAAGGAAGAUUUUCUUUCUUCAUGCAAUGCUUUCAGCUUCACUUCUCUCUCUCUCGUUUCCUCUAGGGAUGGGUACCGCACAUUGUACUUUUUUUUUUUUUGGGAGGGUAUGGAUUAUUUUGCGUCAGUACUAUCGAGCACCGAUUCAUAUGAAAUCCAACGGUAGCAAUUUAGUUAUAAUUGUAGGGGAGUAGAAGAGUUGGCGAUUUUUCCAUGGCACAACUGAACGCAGAAGUGUACCAACACCAGCGUAAUGACGUCACCCACUCACACAGGAUUUCCACGGACUAAUAUAUUAAUGGACUAACGUGACGUUUACUUGCCAUCGAGAGAGGUUUAGCCACCAGUUGCCAUCUUACACUGCCAAUCGCUAUUUUAGGUUAUUUUCUGUCUGUAUGGUUAAUUGGUUGUAUCUAUGGGAGAAGUGCUACAUGUACAUUUCACCUGUAAAAAUGUAAUUGUACAAUUUUUCUUAAGGUAUAUCGUUCUACUCAAAGGUUUCUCGGCAUGCUGUCAGAAUCUUCAACACUGAAAUGAAGGUAAAGCCCAUCAGGACAAAAUUUGCAGAGAAAUGUAAUCAUACAGUCAGUCACAAUUCAUGAUUCUGAGGUAUCCAAUGGCCGAUGCAAACAUUUGAGAUUCUUUUUUUCCCCAUAAAAAGAUCCUAGCAUAAAACUGACAUUGUCAGUAACAGUGGGGCUGGGAAUGUAAGAUGGCUGUCCUCUGGGGCCUAUUGAUAGUCCAUUCAUAUACAAGUCUAGGAGGAUUUCACACACGCUAAAAAUACCUUUCUGGGUUUGGAAGCGAGCGGGACCCCUACUCCUCUUUGAUCUCCCAUCCUUUUCCAACUGUCAUUUUUUUGGCUCUAUUUCAGUUAAACAACUGCACAAGAAA